AUGUGGAAUCCGCGAGAAAAUAUCCCGGGUGGAGCUGCUGGAGACCGGGUUCCUCCGGGUUGGUGUUGGCUUCCCUUUUCACGCACUCCGGCGCAUGCACUCAGCGCAGGAGACACCGAGCCUCCGCAGCCUCCUCAGCCUUCAGCCUUCAGCCUCAGCCUCCUCUUCCUCCUCAGCCUCAGCCCGCUGAUGCUGAUGAUGCUGAUGCUGCCUCCGGUUGGACGGAGAACCCGAAAGGCGCGUAACCGAGACGCGAGUGCACGACGGCCUGCUCCGGGAGCCUCCAGCAGCAGAAGGCUGCAGAGGGAGGCGGAAACCGGCCGGUUUGAGAGUUUCCUCGGCAGCAGAGGAGUUUCCCCUCUGGGCGGAGCGAAUCGGCGCAGGAAGUGCGCGGCCCGGCUGUGCGCUCCCGGGUUAUUUCUGCUGUCCUACGCCUUCCUCCUGCUGUUGUAUAAAGCAGAAACGCUGAACCGGACACUGCACUGGUGA